GUCUCUCGCACUUCUUCUUCUCUCCUCUCAGUGAACAGACUCACCUUUCUCUUCUCUGAUCUUACCUGUGUGAUAUAAACGCCAGCAUGUUUCAUCGGACGUCUUUCUCUGCUAAGUCAUCAGUGACCAAUCGUUCAUGGUGAGGUUCUUCUCUCGUCGCCGCGGCGGCGAGUGUCGGGAGCGCGACCUGCUGCGGCAGGUGAGGCGGUGGCAGCGCGCGACCGACGGGGAGAGAGAGAGAGAGCGAGAGAGAUGGAGGAAGAGGGGUGAGGACGAGAACAACAGCACGAUUCAGGUGGCGUUGUACCGCUCCUUCCCGACUCGCCUCCUCUCUCGGGCCUGGGGUCGUCUGAACGGGGUGGAGCUCCCCACCUGGCUCCGAAAACCUGUCUACUCCCUCUACAUCUGGACCUUCGGGGUCAACAUGCAGGAGGCAGCGGUGGAGGAUUUACAUCACUACAGGAAUCUGGGUGAAUUCUUCCGUCGACGUCUCAAACCUGCAGUCCGACCGCUCUGCGCCUCCUCCUGUCUGAUCUCUCCAGCUGAUGGGAGGAUCCUCCACUUCGGUCGGGUAAAGAACUCGGAGGUGGAGCAGGUGAAGGGGGUCACCUACAGUCUGGAGAACUUCCUGGGUCCACAGAAGAGGCAGAGCAACAAGUCCUCGUCGUCCUUCAGGGACCUCCUCUUGUCGUCUCCUGAUCACGAUCUAUUCCACGUCGUGGUCUACCUGGCUCCAGGUGACUAUCACUGUUUCCAUUCACCCACAGACUGGAGGGUGGAGCUUCGACGUCACUUCCCAGGCUCGUUAAUGUCGGUUAACCCGGGCGUGGCUCGUUUGGUCAAAGAGCUCUUCUGCCUUAACGAGCGUGUGGCGCUCACCGGCCAAUGGCAGCACGGCUUCUUCUCGUUAACGGCGGUCGGAGCCACAAACGUCGGCUCCAUCAGGGUUUACUUCGACCAGGAGCUUCAGACCAACGCUCCUCGCUACAGUAAAGGCUCCUUUCACGACCGCAGAUAUGUUGCCAUCGGCGACCAGGUGUUGAAGGCGGCAGGUGACGGGGACCUAGUCUCAGUUGACGGAGGGGGCGUGGCCUUACAGAAGGGGGCGGCAGUGGGGGAGUUUAACCUCGGCUCCACCAUCGUUCUACUGUUCGAAGCUCCGAAAGACUUCAGCUUCAACCUGCAGCCGGGACAGCGAAUCAGAGUGGGAGAGGGGCUCGGCAGCCUUUGAUUGGCCGAGCUGCAGACUCAGGGGGAGGGGCCUGAUGACGAGGAACUGCUGGGGACUGAUGAAAGUUAGACUGAUUUUAAGAAUUUAAGGCAUUGUGGGAAAUUUUCUCUGUAACAAAGAAGCUGUGGAGGACCUAAAGAUGUUUUAAGACAAGGACUCAAACUCCCAGAAUGCCUUGUGCCUCAUGAAGUGGAAAAUGCCAAACCUCUCUCUCUAUAUAUCUUUUUUUCUCAAUUUCGCUUGCCCAGAAACUGAACCAACAAACUAAAGUAUUCCUUUAAAAUCACCAAAAACAAAAAACAAAGCAUUCAGAUUAUAUUUAACAAACUAAUAUUAUAUUUUUCAUUAACAUAAAAAUAAUGAAGUCAAACAUUAUGGUAAAGUUCAGAUUCAAAUUUACACAAAGUGAAAUAAAAAGUUCCACCGUCCACUGAAACUGUUUGAAUGUUUGAAGCUUAAUUGUUAAAACGUUAUUUCUGUUUUGAACCAGUCAGAGACAAAUCUGAAGCAGCCGAUUGGUGGAAACCCAACAGGAUGUCUGUGAUUGGUCAAAAAGAAACAAUGAUGUUAAUAAUAAUUAGUUCCUCCUUUUUUGUUGUUGUUAAAUUGUGACCAAGCAAAAGAAAAGGUGACGUGUCUCAUUAACACCUGAAUGCUAACAGGUUUAUCAGCUUCUCUACUUUUGUAAAAUAUAUAAUUAUAAAUAAAUAUUUCUUUCUCA